GAAAUUCAGUCCUCUAAGGAAAAAUUGUGGUACCCUUUCACAAGCUGCAUCACUGCUAACCACCGCUUCUGUAUUUUUUUCCUGCCCUCCCUUUCAAGGCAAACUUUUGGCAAAAGCAAUCCCAUUAUUUUGUGCUCCAUUGAGUUCCUCCUCGCCAAUGCCUUUCAAUCACGGAAGCCAUUAAACAGGCACCAGACAAGGAGCCGGGAUACAACACCAAUAUGCAAAGUGUGCACUUCACCCACCUUGUCUCCUAGGGCAGCUGAGGCGCAGCAGAAGGAACCGACGACGGACCCUCUGGAACAAAAGCACAGAGAAGCGGAGGGGGAAAAAGAGACUGUAAAAAAAAAAAAAAUACCCACGGCAGAAAGCAAGAGGAGGAAACGGAUCAGAACUGAACCUGGCACCGAGAAAUGCAACCCACAAGCAAGCUCAUGAGCCUGUUCUUCCUCAUCCUGAUGGGCACCGAACUCACCCAAGUGCUGCCGACCAACCCAGAAGAAAGCUGGCAGGUGUACAGCUCUGCCCAGGACAGCGAGGGGCGAUGUAUAUGCACAGUGGUGGCCCCCCAACAGACCAUGUGUUCACGAGACGCCCGGACAAAGCAGCUCCGGCAGCUACUCGAGAAGGUGCAGAACAUGUCCCAGUCCAUCGAGGUGCUGGACAGGAGAACUCAGAGGGACCUGCAGUACGUGGAGCGGAUGGAGAACCAGAUGAAGGGCCUGGAGUCCAAGUUUAAACAGGUGGAGGAGUCUCACAGACAGCACCAGGCGAGACAGUUCAAGGCAAUAAAAGCGAAAAUGGAGGAACUUAGGCCCCUGAUACCAGUGUUGGAAGAGUACAAAGCCGAUGCCAAAUUGGUAUUGCAGUUUAAGGAGGAGGUCCAGAAUCUGACGUCAGUGCUAAACGAGCUUCAGGAGGAGAUUGGCGCCUAUGACUACGAGGAACUGCAGAGCAGAGUGUCAAAUCUUGAAGAGAGGCUUCGUGCAUGCAUGCAAAAAUUAGCCUGUGGGAAGCUGACGGGGAUCAGUGAUCCGGUCACCAUCAAGACGUCUGGAUCCCGGUUCGGCUCGUGGAUGACGGAUCCUCAGGCUCCAGAAGGAGAUUACAGAGUCUGGUACAUGGACGGAUACCACAAUAACAGGUUUGUAAGGGAGUACAGGUCUAUGGAGGACUUCAUGAACAGCGACAACUUUACCUCUCACCGCCUCCCCCACCCUUGGUCUGGGACCGGCCAGGUUGUAUAUAACGGAUCCAUAUAUUUCAAUAAAUUCCAAAGUCACAUCAUCAUCAGAUUUGACUUGAAGUCAGAGACAAUCCUGAAGACGCGCAGCUUGGACUCCGCUGGCUACACCAACGUCUACCACUACGCCUGGGGGGGGCAGUCGGACAUAGACAUCAUGGUGGAUGAGAAUGGGUUAUGGGUGGUAUAUGCCACCAAUCAAAACGCUGGGAACAUUGUGAUCAGCAAACUGGACCCCAACACCCUCCAGAUACUGAAGACCUGGAACACGGGUUACCCAAAGAGGAGCGCCGGCGAGGCCUUCAUGAUCUGCGGGACGCUCUACGUCACCAAUGGGUAUUCUGGGGGAACCAAAGUGCACUACGCGUAUCAGACCAACACCUCCAACUACGAGUACAUCGACAUCCCCUUCCAAAACAGGUACUCCCACAUCUCCAUGCUGGACUACAACCCCAAGGAUCGCGCUCUGUACGCCUGGAAUAACGGACACCAGGUCCUCUACAACGUCACCCUGUUCCACGUCAUCAGGUCCGACGAGUUGUAGCCAAAUCUGUCGCCUGUCAACAAACUGACCAAAAGAAGUGAAAAAAAAAAAAAAAA